AUGAAGCAAUUGAUUGCUUUUUUAUUAGUGUCAUGUUUUGGUGAGACUUUUGCAGAACUAAACUACAAAAUUAUAAAAAUUGAAAGGUGUACUGGAGAUAACAUUCGAAUAAAAAUGGACAAGUGUGAAUUAAUGGAUGGAAAUUAUAUGAAUAUAAGGUUCAAUUAUAUCUUGCCAGUAGAUUAUUCUCUUUUCAAAAUGACGAUUUACAAAAGAGACUCGAACAACGAAUUUCGUGAAUUAUUCAAAAACCUUCCAGCAAUCAAUUGGUGUAAACUUAUGGAUGGAACUUCAAAAUUUUCAGCAAACUUUAUGGCAAAAAUUACUUUAAUCUUAGUCAAAUCAAAAUUUCCUGAACUAGCACAACGAUGUCCUCAUGGUCCAAUGAUCAUUGAUCGAGCAAACUUUACAGUUGAGAGUAAAUUGAUUUCAAUGUUCCCAAAUGGAUUCUACAGAAUAACAUUAACAAUGAAGUACAGGAAGGGAGAAAUCAUGUUUGAUUUUUCAAUGUUAAUGGAACUUGUGUGA